UAACAGUCUAAGUCGAUAUCACUCUAGUGGAUUCUGAAACCUUUUUCGAUCUUUUUUUUUUCUCGUAUUUCUGAAAACUUGGUUUAGAUUAUUUAUUUGGAUUUCUGAAUCUCUUUGAGUGUUCCAUUUGGAUAUUUUAUUUGUAUUUUUCAGAGAAUACUGUUUAGGAAAGUUUAGUGCGGGCGGAAAGUACGGUUGUAAGCAUCGUUUUGGCGCUAGGCAUCACUGACGAAGAACUGAAUAUAAACAAGAACUAAACUGACACGGCUGUAGCAUCAACUCGGUGUCGUGACAACAUGGCGCCGAAAUAUUCCGUCUUGUUUUUGUUAUUAUUAGCAUUCCUUUUGACAUGCAGCCCAUUCACGUCAGCCAAUAGUCUUCAAGAUUCAGAGAUCACGUUUGUACAGGAACCAGACGCAAACUACAAUUUGACGAAAGACUCUGUAACCAUUGUGUGUAAGGCUAGAAAUGCUAAUGAUAUCACAUUCACAUGCGCGGGUACACAGAUUCCACCAUCGUCUGUGGAGUUUGAGACGUCCCAAGAUGAGAGAGAUAUUUUUGAAGCCAAAUUAACGAUAGAAAAGAGCGAUGUCAUCAACUUCCAUAAACAGAAGCCCAACGAGCCAUAUUGGUGCCAGUGCAAAGCUCUGGAUGAAAGUGGCCUAAUCAAAGCGGAGAGCAGGAAAGGGGAGAUAAUAGUUAAUUAUAUAAAUUCAAAAUUUGAAAUUCAACCUGCAAAUGCUGUGGUUCUUGAAGGUGAUACAGCUGAGAUACAAUGUGGUGCUCCUAGUGGAUAUCCCAAGCCUGAGAUAAUUUGGAGAAAGAACUCCAAAAGAAUUAAAUUCACACCUGAAGGUAAUCUGGAACUUGCCGAGAGUGGAAGCUUGAUAAUCCGCAAUGUGACAUCAGAGGAUGCUGGAAACUACCAGUGUGUCGCUGUCAAUAGUGUCAGGCGGUAUGACAGUAAAAUUGCAACACUGAGUGUCAUAGAUACUGCUGGAUCAGUGAUGGAACUUGACCAAGAUUCGCAGGCCGAAAAUGGAAAACUCCGCGUCCCAAGACAGUCAAGUGCUCCCAUGUUCAACGUCCAGCCCAACAAACAAUACUACUUAACACCAGACGCUCCAGCCAUUAUGGACUGUGGCACUGUUGGAAUAGAUACUUUAGUCUUUACCUGUGGAGGGGAAAGAAUUAAAAAAGAAUUUUUAUCAGUGAAAAAGGGACAGAAUGCUGAUGGCAUAAACCUUAUUCAGGGACAGUUGAACCUGACCUACAAUUUGAUUAGUCCCAAGAAGGGUUUAGAUUCUAAGAGAGAAGAUCCAGUUAUUUGUAAGUGUACUGGCUACUACCUGGAUCAAGCCCAGCGCAAGUCCUGGUUGUUUGUGGAUUCAGAAAUUAGUCAAGUUUUUAUUGCUUUCCUUGAUGAUGAAUUCAAGGUUCAGCCCUCGGAUACAGUUGUGGCUGUAAACGCAGUUGCUGUCUUAAAGUGUGAGCCACCAAAUGGAGCUCCUGCACCUUGGAUCUCAUGGUACAAGGAUGGGAACAAGAUUGAAGUUCGCUCCAGCAACAAAUACAGUGUGAAUGAGAAAGGUCACCUACAGAUAGCUCGGGCUGCAGCUGAAGAUUCUGGAAAGUAUGAAUGUGUGGCAGAGAGUUCUGCGGGAACUGUUAGGAGUAGGCCGGCACAGCUCAGAGUAGAUGCAUCAGCUGAAGCUCCUACCACCCAAAAAUCGGUGCAAGAAGCUCCAGAGGUGGUAACCUUCCCAGCUGAGCCCCCGGUUGAACCGAAAUUCACCAAAUAUCCAGACAGUUCAAUAGAGAUUGAAGCUGGAGGCAGUGUCACCUUGACUUGUGAAGCUGUUCUAGUGGAGCGUAUGAUGGUAUCAUGUGAUAAUGUCAGGUACAAGCCUGAUCAGGUCAAGUCUGUCACAGUUUCCAACCCUGCCGCCAGGAAUCAGAAAGUCGUCUCUGGCAAGUUCUCAGUGACAGCAAACCAGGUGACAAAGGUUGGAUACAGUUGCCAGUGCAUGGGCUGGUUUCUACGCAAUAAGAGCUGGACAACUUUGACAGGGCAAAGCUUUGUUAUCAGUGUCAAGUCUGAUCAACCAAUAGUCAAAUCAUUUUUAGAUAGUAAAUUUGAAUUGUCGCCCACUCAAGCCAAAGUAGAAUUAGGAGAACGCCAUGUAUUUUACUGUAAGCCUCCUAAAGGAUAUCCGGAACCAGAGGUCUCUUGGUAUAAAGAUAACAGCCCCAUAGACAGUGAGGAUACUAACUACCGUCGGGAAAAUGACGGCAGUCUGGUAAUUGAAGAGGUGCGUGAGAAGGACCAGGGAGCCUACCAGUGUUUUGCCAGAAAUGAAGUGGGCAUGAAACGCACAAGGGCAGUAAGACUUGUAUUAGCCACUAGGAAGACCACAGUGAGGACCACAACUACCACUACAACUACCACAACAACUACCACUACAACAGAAUUGCCUGAUACUGCUGAAGCUCUUGCUGAACCAAUUUUUAUACUUGAUCUGCCAGAACAAUCUUUUGCAACAGAAGAGAUGCCAGCUAAACUGACUUGUCUAGCUUCAAAUACAGCCCUUCUUGUCUUUGUUUGCAAUGACAAUUUGGUCCCUGAGUCCCACCUCAACAUGCAGACAAUGACUGUCGAAAAUGAAAACAUCAGAGAGAAUAACUUGGAGAUCAGUAAAGAUCAGCUUGAACGAUUCCCAGACGGCAGCGAGUACACGUGCAGAUGCAGAGCCUACUACAUGCCAUCAGGUUCUACCCAGUACAUUGAUGGGAAUUCCACUGUCAUCACUUUCCAAAGUGGGGAAAGGGAAAUUUCUACUGAAACAGUAACUUCUUUACCCGGGGCUGAAAUUACGCCAGAAGGAGAGGCCACAUCCCCUAAACCUUUCAUUGCUAAGGAUUUGCACUCAGAGUACUAUAGUGUUAGAAACAAGCCAGUCACAUUAACCUGCGAGGCUGUAAAUGUGAAGAGCAUCUACUUUGAGUGUGAUGGGCAGGAAGUUCAGGAUACAGAGACCCAGCGGGCCCUGCAGAGCACAGACGAGGAAGGCAUGAUUGUGUCCACCGUGGUUGUGGCCAGCUUCAUAGAGGUGACCAGGCCUGAGGGGGAUGAUGACUUUGUCUGUUACUGCUUUGCCCCCUACAUGGAUGAAGUGACCGCGGAGGAAAAGGUCCUGAAAAGUCAUCCUGGAAUGGUCAAACAUGCCUUCUUGAAAAAGAAUUUUCAGAAUGAUCCUGAAGAUCAAAGCAAGUCUGUGGGAGACUUUCUUUCUUUGGCUUGUGUCCCUCCCAUUGGAAACCCUGCUCCAACAGUCACUUGGACAAGGAAUGGAGAUAGACUUGAUGGUGCCGUCAUUGGUCCAGACGGAAGCCUUAUCAUCCAAGAAGUCAGCACUAAUGACGAGGGCGAGUAUGUGUGCCAUGCAGAAAACGUUGCAGGAAAACGUAGCAGCAAGCCCGCCAGAGUCACAGUCCAGGGGAAGCCAACUGAGGAAGAGACAACUGCUCAGGUGACAGAGUCUGUACCUGAUCAAAAAGUAAACUGUGCUGUGGAACUUCAUAGGUGUUUUGAACUUACUGGAUGCAGUGAACAAGAACUGUUUGAGAACUGUAUUAAGUCCUACACAGAUUUGUGCACACUAACAGAGGAACUUCAAUCAGAAAUUCAAAGCAAACAAGCCCAAAAGCGUGAAGAUUGUGCUGCUGCUGGUUGUGCUACAAUUAAUAAGUGUAAAGGAAUCUCCUCCAAUCAGCCAGAGACAGAUCAGAGCUCAGAUAUUUUGGACUUGAAAUAUGCUUGCCAGAACAUAGAGGACUUUGUGGACUGUGUGAACAGAGAGAUGGACAUUUGUGGUGUAGAAAAUAACACCGAUCUCCAAACGCCUUUGUCACUAAUGAACCAAUACUGCUCUUCUGUGGACUUUGGAGUGGAGUCUGUGGAGAAUUGUCAAAGUCUUAGACAGUGUAUGAUAAAGCCAUCAAACUCUCCAAAUACAAAAGUCCAGUGGUGCAGUUUAACAAUGUUUAUCAACCAGUGUUACGCUAAGGCCCUAGAAGAAUGCCAGAUUGCUGACAGUGAAAUUAAAAAAGCUGCAUUAGCUCAGAUAAAUGAUGCCUGUCAACAAGCUGUCGCUUCAUCAACCCCAGGAUUGGAGACUGAUACCGCAAAACCAGGUGAACCUGGAAGUGAACCUCAGCCAGAGGGAGAGCCAGAACCUACUGUAGAGCCAACAGAAGGUAAGACUACAAGAGAAGAUGAUGAAGAUGGUGAAGAUGGUAAGACUGUUGAGAGUAGUCUCCCUGAAGCUACCACCAGCAAGGAUAUGGGUAACGAAGAUGAGGAGGAGGAGGAUACGGCCAGGACCACUCCCAUGCCAAUAGGGUCAGAGAGUGAGGAGAGUGAGGAGGAUCAGUCUGCGUCGAAGCCCAGUGGCUCAGAGGAUGACAAAAACAGUGUCAAGAAAGACAUGAGCCAAAAUGAGGUUGACAAUACAGAGGAAAGCGCUAACCCAGAAACAGGACCAGAUGAUGAUGACGAUGAUAAUGAGGAGGAUCAGUCAGCAAAUAAAGAUGAAAAAAAUGAAGAAGAUGGUAAACCUGAGCCAUCAGCAAAUGAAGAUAGUCCAGGCGAAGGUCAAUCAAAGGAUGCUGAGGAUGCUUCCUCAAGGCACGGAGUUUCUAUUGUCAUGGCUGUCAUCUUGCAGCUGCUGAUUGCAAUGUGUGUGUCAUGGAGAUAAGACACAAGACAUGGCAGCUUAGUCUGAAUGAAAGAUUCCUACUUUGUGUUUUUACCUGAUAUAUAAGGGGAUUUUUUUUUUAUGACUUUUUUUUUUACCCUCUGCCUGUAUCAAAUCUACAGUCUGGUUGGAUGAACAAAUGGAAUUUGGCUAAUGGCUUUUGUGUGUGUGUGUUUGAAUUCCUUUUUUAAUUUUUUUUUGAGAUAUUGUGUCCAAGUUUGUGCCUUCUGUUUAAGUACAUCUGGGUUUUCAGUUUUAGUGCAUCUGGGGUUUUUUUUCUUGGUCUUUUUUUUUUUUUUUUUCCUCCAAAAAUCUUUAAUGAAUAUAAGUUUCUGUUUGAUCCUAAAAGUGUGUUUUGUUGUCUAUUUUUUUUGUUUUGAAAGAAUAUCUAGUUAGUUUUAUAUGGAAGUAUUAAAGCUGUUUGUAUAUACUAGAGCUGUUCUAUAUACAUUUAGUCUUGGAUUCCUGAUCAUGAAAUAGCACAUCAGCUUUAAUAAAAGUUUUGUUUCCAUGGCUGGAGAAUGUCUAGUGUAACAUUGUAAUCACUUGAAUACUUAGAGCAUAUUAAACCCUAAUGGAAUUGUUGUUUGAACAUAUUCCUUGAUAUAAAACUAAUUGAAGUGCUUUAUGAUAUGUAUUUAUAUAUGUAUAUGUUUUGUUUGGGUUUUUUUUUUAACUUAUGCAAAGUAUGUCAGGGGCAUGGGGGAGAGGAGAAACAGUGUUGAGUGUGCGAGGCACUAGUGUGGAUGUCUUUAUACAUUGAUUUCAGACAACAGAAGAGGACUCCCUGAGACUAUGUACACACCAGAGGUAGCAUUCAAAAAUGGGCAUUGAAGAGAAAACAAAAGAUGCUAUAUUGCUACCCAUAUAUUUGACAAAUUUGAGAAAAUGCAGCUAGUGAUCUAAGACUUAUUUUAAAAUAUUUGUAUGGAAUUAUUUGGAUAUUAUUCAAGUAUAAUUUUCAGUGCAUUGUGGCUUUAUGGGUCUUAGUCACAACGGAUGGCUUCCUGGUCUGUGGCAUGCACUCUGGACUGUUGUCUCGAUGGUCUCAGGUUCAAACCUUGCCGCCACCAUCCCUAGCCUUCCUGCUGGAGGUUUGGGCCGGGAUGUAAUCAACUCAAUGUUGAAGGAAUAUAAAUAUUUUUUUUAUGUUUUAAAUAUAGUUUGUCAAGUCUCUGUACAGAUGUACACAAGUUUUGUUCUGUUGUUUUCAUCCAUUGGUUAAUGUUGGGUCAUGUGGCUGAUGAAUGAUGAAUGAAAGUCUUGGUGCAAGAUGAACAUUGUGUCUGUGAGUUGUCGCCUGUGCACAUCAGGUUCAGUGCGUAACCAUGUGAUUUCUUGUAUCUGGUCAUUCAUGUGACAGUGCGUCUUUUAUUUCUGUUUUUAAAACAUUUUUUUUUUUUAGUUUCAUGUAUUCCAUUUUGGUCUGUACAUUCAAAUGUUUGUUUGUCAUGACUUUGACUAGACUACUGUGCCUUUGGUGUGAAACUGUACACUAUAUCAGAGUGUUAAGUCAGGACUUUUUUUUUUUUUUAACUUUAUCAUUGUUUGUGGAAUUAAAAAAUGAAUUCUUUUAGUGAAUGUUUCUAUUGUACUUGGUUUCUUUAUGUGUAUAAAAUAUUUAUAUACAUAUACUUUUAAAGAAUUUUUUAAUACAUAAAAAAAAGACAUAAAAAAAAUAUUUCUUGUUUCUAAAAGUUCUACAUGUAUUUGUUUCUAUCUGAUCUAUGAUAGUUAUUAUAAGGGGGGCAUGGUGGCUGAGUUGUUAAGCGCUCGGCUUCCGAACCUGGAGUUCCUAGGUUCGAAUCUCAGUGAAGUCUGGGAUUUUGAAUUACAGGAGUUUUAGGGCGUCCCAGAGUCCACCCAACUCUAAUGGGUACCUGACUUAAGUUGGGGAAAGUAAAGGCGGUUGGUUGUUGUGCUGGCCACAUGAUGCCCUGCUCGUUAACCAUUGGCCAAAGAAACAGAUGACCUCGGCCCUAUAGAUCACAAGGUCUGAAAGGGGAACUUUACUUGAUGAUAGUAUUUCACUGUACUUCUUGAACUUCAUUCACAAGGUAUUCCUUCUGUUCAAAAAGAAAACACAAAAAUGACUUUAACCAUUUUGCCUUUAAACUGAUUGUUUUUUUUAUACUUUUUACAAUAUUUUUCAUUCUUUUUUUUUCUAAACUGUAGAAGUUGAAAGUGGACUCCAUAUGUAGCGGACAAAUUAGAUAGUUUUGAGCGCUUAGAUCUUGGAUUUCUGUGCACUUUGUGAAUGGAGUGUUGCUCUUGACUUGCCCUGUGUAUCAGUGUGUGUUUGUGUGGCUUACUGUAAAACCAGUGUUUGACUGGUCAAGAAAUAGUUCUACAGGACAGUAGAAAGUUGAUGACGAUGACAUGCUUCACUGUUAUUUUUAUAAAGACUGGUUUGAGUUAAGUAGAUUAGUCUUAUAAAAUAUAAUCCAUUGAGAGUGAAGACACAUGACUCGUCAGUUGAGUUGUCUAAUGUCAACCAGCGGCUGGAGAAACUUAGAGAUUUUUUGAAGGGUUCACACACCCUUAACAAUUAUUUGAAUUUUGUGUGACUUCACUUCAGACCAGACUUCACUUGGAUGUUAUAAGACUUAAAUUUUUGAAAAUGUUUUUGUUACCUAUAAAGAGUAUUUAAUAUCACUAGGUGGGUUAAUCAUCCCUAGCCGCAGAACAGCUAUUAGGGUGAAUGUCUAAUUGAUCAGAUGGUAGUAUAGCCCCCAUCAAAUACUGCUGUUACAUCCAGCGUGCAGGUCAAAGCAGCAACACUGUUUGCCUUGUCUUGUAUCCGAUUAUGUCCUGAUGUCUUCCAGAGUUCUUUUGAAAGAAUAAAUCAAUCUGUUCUUAAAAACACAA